CCCAGCUACACACAAACACGCCCGACUUGAAAACAACACAACGGGCCCACGAUCUAAACAUAGCCAACCUACAUGACAUAACGCGACCCAAAUCUUUUGCAUAACCUCGCCGCCUCUGGCUCGCCUUCGGCCCAUCUUCAACCGCCGUUCACCUAUCACCAGCAGAACACCACCUCUUCAUUAUCCUAUUAUCGACCAGCAACCUCUUGACCAGGCUCUGGUUCUAUUGGCCCAUCUAAUAAUGUGUUUGGGGAUUUUUUGCGAACAUGGGUUGCAAGCAUAUUUGGAGCUUUAGAUUCUUUCACCGUGCAGCUUGAAAUUGGUCGCUUGGGGCACUGUGUGGCUCAUUUGUAUCUCGUGAGCAUUCAUUGUUGUCAUCUCUAGGGCUUGUAGCAAAUGGAAGUGGCAAGACGCAAUUGUUGUAGAAUUAUGAGCUUUAACAUCCAACUCAGUCGCUUCUUCUCUUGUGGUCCUUUUGACCCCCCUCCCCAAAUACCUUCUCGCAGGGUGGUUGUCACAGGUUUAGGGAUGGUUACACCAUUGGGUUGUGGUGUAGAAACUACAUGGAAACGUCUAUUAGAAGGGGAAUCUGGAAUAAGGGGGAUAACUGUUGAGGAUCUCAAGAUGAAUGGGUUUGAUAGAGACACACAAUUGCAUACAUUUGAUCAAUUAACAUCCAAAGUUGCAGCAGUUGUGCCCUGUGGAACCAACUCACAUGAAUUCAACGAGGAGCUGUGGCUUAACUCUAAGGAUCAUAGAUCUAUUGCCCGGUUUAUAGGCUAUGCAUUAUGUGCUGCUGAUGAGGCACUUAAAGAUGCAAAUUGGAUGCCUACCAAUCAGGAUGAGAAGGAAAAAACGGGAGUUUCCAUAGGUGCAGGGACUGGUAGCAUCAGUGAUGUAUUGGAUGCUUCGAGAAUUAUCUGUGAGAAGCACCUACGCCGGCUCAGUCCAUUUUUUGUUCCUAGGAUACUGAUUAACAUGGCUUCUGGCCAUGUUAGCAUGAAGUACGGAUUCCAGGGACCAAACCAUGCUGCAGUGACUGCUUGUGCUACUGGGGCCCAUUCCAUUGGUGAUGCUGCUAGGAUGAUUCAAUUUGGAGAUGUGGAUGUCAUGGUUGCCGGAGGAACGGAGGCAAGCAUUGAUGCUUUGUCUAUAGCAGGGUUCUGUAGGUCAAGGGCAUUGACGACUAAGCAUAAUGGUGCUCCUCGAGAAGCCUCGAGACCUUUUGAUUGUGGCCGUGAUGGAUUUGUGAUAGGUGAAGGUUCUGGUAUCCUGGUUUUGGAGGAACUGGAGCAUGCAAAGAAACGAGGGGCUAAACUUUAUGCAGAGGUCCGUGGUUAUGGGAUGUCAGGUGAUGCAUACCACAUAACUCAACCCCAUGGUGAUGGCAGAGGUGCUAUUCUGGCAAUGACCCGUGCUUUGAAACAGUCUGGUCUUGAUCCUAAUCAAGUGGAUUACAUAAAUGCACACGCUACAUCAACUCCUUUGGGUGAUGCAGUGGAAGCCAAAGCAAUUAAAUCUUUAUUUUCUAGUCAUGUAGUAUCGGGUGCUUUGGCCUUGUCCUCAACUAAGGGUGCUAUUGGACAUCUUCUUGGAGCAGCUGGAGCUGUUGAAGCUAUCUUUUCUAUAUUAGCCAUACACCAUGGAGUUGCACCCUUAACGCUUAAUCUCACAAAACCAGAUCCUGUGUUCAAUGGCAAGUUCAUGCCUUUGACUGCUUCAAGGAGGAUGGCUAUUAAAGCAGCUCUUUCAAACUCUUUUGGCUUUGGAGGAACAAAUGCGUCCUUGCUGUUUGCUUCCAUCUCUUGAGGACAUGAAUAGUUUGCAAUACUUGCAGGCUUAACAUUCAGCUAGAGGACGCGUACAACUCCCAAAGCGAACAUGUGGAGUAUGCUUUCCUCUAAACAAGUAUCAGAAGAACUUUUCCUCUCAUUUUCUACAAGAUUUUGCUUUGUAUUCUUUGACACUUUCUUGGUUUCUUAUCUAUCUUUUCAUUGUUCUUUAUAUUUAUUAACGCAUUGACUGAGACCAAUGAUUAUAGAAAACCGCCUAUCCUCCAGCCAAAAAAAAAUAAAAAAUAAAAAAUGGAAGGAAAAUUGUGACA